UUUAACAUACUAUCUCAUAAUUUAUUUAAUAACACGUGAUAUACCAUCCGUGUACCGGUGAUAAUAUUGAAAAAUCUCUCCCGUAACCCUAGCUAGCUAUCUCGAAUAUGGCGACGCGCUCCGAUGACCGUCGGACAAAAAGAAGCGGGUUGGACGCUUUUGGUGGUGGUGCUACGGGAGGCUGUCGUCGCUCGGCACGGUUAGCACAGCAUUAUGUUGUUGCUGCUGCCGCUCAAGGCUCCUCAAAUACUGCCGGCGAGGGCAAGGAGUAUAGGAGCCAGCGGAGGAAAAUUACCGCUCAAGGCGGCCCGUCUGAAACGCAGGGCCACCACAAGAGGGAAAUUACUACUGAUGGCACCUCUUACACGCCCGACGACCUCGUCGAGGAGUAUAGGCUACGGAGGGGAAUCCGUGUUGUAGGCUGGGAUGAUGCUCCAAACCCCAUCAGAACUUUUGAUCACACUCGGCUUCCGGAAAAUGUUAUACAAGAAUUUUCAAAAGCUGGAUUUGUUAGACCUACACCAAUUCAAGCUCAAGUAUGGCCAAUGGAUUUGGAGGACCGUGACCUCAUUGGUAUUGCUCAACCAGGAUCCGGGAAGAUGCUAGCGUAUCUGAUCCCUGCAAUUCUCCAUGCAAACUCACAGCCAAAACGAUCUCGUGGUGGAGAUGGCCCAAUAGUAUUGAUUUUAGCUCCAAACACUCAACGCGCUGAACAAAUCCAUCAAGAGUGUGCUAAAUUUGCUGCUGCUUACAACAUUAAAGUCUUAUUCGGCUUGUCCCUGCUUAAGCCUGAAAAUUGUGGUCAGACUUGUGGAGGUGGGAUUUUAAUCUACACACUUGGUGGCUUGCUUCUUUCGUUAAAGAGAAAACGUACAAACUUGAAAAGCGUCACAUACCUUGUGUUGGAUGGUGCUGAUUGGAUGCUAUCAGACACGCAUGAGCCUCAAAUACGAAAUCUAUUAUCUGAGAUUCGUGAAGACUGUCAAAAAUCAUUCUGGGGUAGUAGCUGGCCAGAAGAUGUUGAUAAACGGGCAAAACUAUUCCUUCACAACCCAUGCAAAGUUCAAAUAAUUUCUCCAGAUCUGAAAGUGACACCUCCGGUGGACCAAAUUGUUUACGUCCUUACUGAGGAUCAGAAAUAUAACAAGUUGGUUGCGCUGCUAGAUGGUAUAUUGGAUGGCAGCAGAGUAGUGAUAUUCAUGGAUACAAAGAAAGGAUGUGAAUCACAAGAUCACAUCGCUCUGCAGCUUUGCACGGACGGUCUGCACGCAGUCUCGUUUCAUGAAAACAAAAGUCAAGCGGAAAGGGUCAGUAUUGCCUCUGAGUUUCAAGCUGGCAAGAUCCCCAUAAUGAUUGCAACAGAUGUAGCCGCUCAUGUUCUAGAUCUGAAGGAUGUGAAAUAUGUUAUCAAUUACGACUUUCCAGGAUCCCUUGAUGAUUAUGUUUACCGCAUUGACCGUUUUGGAAGUGCUGCAGCAGAAGGAACAGCAUACACAUUCUUUACAACUGCUAAUGCUGGAUGCGCAAAGGGACUUACCAUCUUACUCAAGAAAGCUGGACAGAAUGUUAGUUCUGAAUUGGAACAACUGGGGCGUGAUGUAACAUAUCCAGGAACCUACAUACCUCCGUUGCGGCGCUGGGUGCCUAACAACAAAAUGACUGGACCUGGUCAUUUCUCUCCAAUGUAUCUGCCUUCUCCGAGGCCUGAAAUACAUGCCCGUUAUGCCCUGGAGGAAAUCAGAAAAGUAAAGGGGCUCCAAGCGCAUUUUGUGAGAGUGGUGGAGGCAUACCAAUUCACUACCUUGUGUUUUUUUGCUAGAAUGGCUUAUCUAACUUUUGAGGCAGCUGACCCCACGACUUAUGAAAAGAAGCUUUACCAAGCAAUAGUUGUUGAGGCGAGUGACAAAAAGGAAACGAUGUUGUUUGGUCUGGUCAAUUCUGAUGGCCGUUUGUCAAAAAUGCAUGACACUAGAGAGGGAUUCGAAUAUCCAAUCUAUAGUAUCUGGCUAGAAGACGAUGAAGAGGAUGAAGAUGAUGAAGACGAUGAGAACAAUGAAGACGAUGAUGACGAUGAAGACGAUGAUGACGAUGAAGACAAUGAAGAAGACGACGAUGAAUGAUGGGUCACUAGUCUCAUUGACAAUAAGAGGUAAAUUUGAUGUAUAUAUAUCAUAAAUUUAAUGGUUUGCAGGCAACUGUUAUUGCAAUGGUUAAGAGAAUGGAAGGAGCCGGCCGGGGCGUGGCUACUGCAGGCUAGGGCAACCCUAACAUGAACGUGGAGAUUGAUUAGGCUUUUUUGGGAGACCGUAAAUUAUGUAAUAUACGGUUGUGUUUGGAUAUGAGAGUUGGAAAACCCAAUGACUGUAUUAGACUUCAGUAACAAAUAUGACCUAAACUAACUAAUUUAGACGUUGUUUGGACAGCAGAACUUUGAUACUUGAAUGUUUGACGAACGUUGGGAAUCAACAAGUUCCGGGACUUUGAAUUUU